GUAACUAUCAAGAACAGUAAGGAGAUGAUGCUGCCCACCAUGCAUCAGCAAAGAGGAAUUGUCUUCCAGCUAGUUAGCACCGAAAUUCAACCCCGAACGCUGGAGACAAAACUGAGCAACCCAGUUGAAUUAGAGUUUUUGAAACAGUUUAAGGUGGGAGCGGAGAGUUCCACAUACAAGGUAGAAUUUGAGAUAGAUUCAGAUUUUGGCUUCCCCGGAGCUAUCACUGUCACAAACAAAUACGACAAAGAGAUCUUUCUGGAAGGUUUUUCCAUUGACGGUGUUGUGGAUAUUGUCUGCAAUUCUUGGGUUCAACCUGAGAAGAUUCAUCCAGAGGACAGAGUUUUCUUCAGCAACAAGGCAUACUUACCAUGCUACACACCAGCGGGUCUGAAAGAGCUAAGAAAGGAGGAACUACGACUGCUGAGAGGAAAUGGAAAAGGUGUAAGAAAGAGGUGUGAAAGAGUGUAUGAUUAUGAUGUGUACAAUGAUUUGGGAAAUCCAGACAAAGGAAGAGAAAACAUGAGGCCAAUACUAGGGACAACGGAGUACCCUAGUCCCAGAAGGUGCAGAACCGGUCGUCCUCCAUCCAUAACCGACAAGAAAUGCGAGUCAUGUGUAAAUCCAUCCGGGGAAACUUACGUGCCAAGAGAUGAAGUGUUUGAAGGUAUGAGAAAGAAAGCUCUUGAUGUGGAAAAGUUGAAAGGGACAACGAGAAAUUUGAUUCCUUUCAUAAGAACUUGUAUUACCAAGUGUGGAGAUUUCAAGCAACUUUCAGAUGUUCAACAAAUAUACAAGAGAAAGCACAUCCAUAAAAUGAAACCCGAGAACGUAGCUUCAACGAGAUGGUCUCUACUUAUGAAUAUGAGCAGGAUCAGAAACAAUGUGGAAGAGCAUUUUAAAUUUAACACUCCACGUAUUAUCAAUGGUGCGAGUGGUUGGUGCAUGAAAGAUGAAGAACUUGGUCGUCAAGCAUUGGCUGGCAUCAACCCUCUAAGCAUAAAAAGACUUGAGGCUUUUCCACCCCUCAGUGAUCUGGAUCCUUCGAUAUACGGUCCACAAAAAUCUGCCCUAAAAGAAGAGCACAUAAUAAGCCAUUUGGAUGGAAUGUCAGUACAAAAGGCAAUAGCAGAAAAGAAGCUGUUCAUAUUGGAUUAUCAUGAUGUCUAUAUCCCAUUUCUGAAUGGCAUGAAUGUUCAGGAAGACAGAAAAGCAUAUGCAACUCGUACCAUCUUGUUUCUGACACCACUUGGAACAUUAAAGCCUAUUGCUAUCGAGUUGAGUCUUCCAGAGGGGGAAUCAUCCAAACAGGUCCUUACUCCUCCAAUGGAUGCCACCUCUCAUUGGUUGUGGCAAAUAGCCAAGGCACAUGUUUGCUCCAACGACGCCGGUGUUCACCAACUUGUCCAUCAUUGGUUGAGGACCCACGCAUGCAUGGAGCCUUUCAUUAUAGCAACUCAUCGCCAACUGAGUGUUAUGCACCCAAUUUUCAAGCUUCUAAAGCCACAUUUGAAACACACAUUGCAAAUAAAUGGAUUGGCUCGUGAGGCUCUCAUCAACGAAGGAGGCAUCAUUGAAUCUUUCUUUUCUCCUGGCAAAUACAGCACUCAGAUAAUCUCAGCUGCGUACAAAGAUUGGCGUUUUGACAUGGAAGCUCUUCCUGCUGACCUAAUCAGAAGGGGAGUAGCAGAACCAGAUCCAACACAACCCCAUGGGCUAAGGCUGCUCAUCGAAGACUACCCUUAUGCAAAUGAUGGACUUCUUAUGUGGUUUGCCCUGGAGAACUUUGUGAGGACUUAUGUUAACUACUAUUAUCGAGAUGGGAAGAUGGUUGAGUCAGACAACGAACUACAAGCAUGGUAUAGUGAGGUGAUCAAUGUUGGGCAUGCUGAUCAUGCAAAUGCAAGUUGGUGGUGGACACUAUCCACUCCUAGUGAUCUAACUUCAAUACUCACCACAUUCAUAUGGGUUGUUUCGGUUCAGCAUGCUGCAGUGAACUUUGGGCAAUACCCUCUGGGAGGGUAUGUUCCAAUGCGGUCCCCACACAUGAAGAAGUUGUUACCCCGAGAAGGGAAUCCGGAGUACAAAGAAUUUAUGGAUGACCCAGAAGGAUACUUGUUGUCUUGUUUACCAAAUUUGUUUGAAACCACCAAGUUUCUGUCAGUGGUUAACAUACUUUCUCAGCAUUCACCGGAUGAAGAAUACAUAGGACAGAGGAAAGACUUGUCGGAAUGGGCUGGUGAGCCUGAAAUCGUGGAAGCUUUCUACAAGUUUUCAAUGGAUGUAAAGAGAGUAGAAAAGGAGAUUGAGAAGAGAAAUAAAGACUCAAAACGUAGAAAUAGAUGUGGUGCUGGAAUUCCACCCUAUGAUUUGCUCAUUGCCUCCUCUGAUCCUGGAGUUACUUGUAGAGGGGUUCCCAAUAGCAUAACCAUAUAG